CGAUAAGACAUCGAUUUUUUUUGCAUUGCUUUUUCAUGCUGUCUCAUCGUAAACAAUAUCAACAUUUCUUUAAACACUCUUUUAUUUCGCUAAAAAAUGACCCAUGCAGCAGACAAACCUCGACAAAUCGGAUUCGACAGGCAGUUUUCAGCGGACGUGAAUGGUGUGCCCACGGAGAUAGUGUUCCACGGCUUCGCCAACAAGUGGUUCUUGGUCAUAACACAGCUGGGCAAGAUUCCCGGCAUCUACAACGUGCACUUCGAUGUCCAAAGGGACGAACGGGUUGUUCCGUAUCUGCACGGACCAGUGGACAAUCCAGAGUUCCACGUAUCGGUGCCCAUCACCAUGAACUGCUGCCUGGGCUUGGACACCGAUGAGACCCGCAGCGCCAUCCAGUUCCUGGUCAACAGAACCGGCCUCCACAAGUGCCCGACGGACUUUGUGGUGGGCUUGGGUCUGAAGCACAUCGACGGACCCAAUCUUCGUGCCCUGGCUAAGGUCAUUGAGGAGGCGAUAUUCUAGUUUAAGUUUGUUAUAUCCAAUAAAUAUUAGCUGCAUGACAGUGUUUGUACAAAAACCA